CCAAGGAAAACAUUUCUUUAAAACACCAUGAAAUUAUAUGCCGUGUGCUUCCUUCUCUUUGCCCUUGCUGUGACAUGUCAGGCGCAAGGCUUUAGUGACCCUUUAUAUACAGGACAACCAGGAUGUUUGACUGAGGGUGAACUAACUGUCGGUGUGUAUCCACACUUUCGCUUAAAGUCGGCCUUUUGGAGAUGUUCCGUUUUGGGAGUAGCUGCCACAUUGGAAGUAUGUCCUCCGGCUCAAGGAUUUUUGGAACCAGCCAGAGCUUGUGUGCCUUGGACUCUAUGGUAUUGGACACCCACUGUGGCACCACCCAGUGUGCCAGAAGUUGAACCCCCAACACCUUUGGUGUAGUCAAAAAAUCAACCGAAAUU